GUCACCGGAGAUUUGAACGAUCAGUUCUAACAGAAGCGAAGUGUUACGGCUGUUUUAAAUAACCCUUGUGAUAAAUUCUUAUCAGUCAACGUUGCUCCGAGAUUUGCGACGAAAACAUUCCAAUUUGCUAGGAAAAUGGUUCUCUCUGCGAUAACAAAAGCCCCAGAGGUAAUCCCUCUCUUGGUGAUUAUGGGAACUGCGACUACUGGAGCUACGGCUUUUCUGAUAAGACAAGCCACGAAAAACCCUGAGGCAUGCUGGGACAAGAAAAACAACCCCCAUCCUUGGCUUAAUAUCAAACCAGAUGAACAAGUGAAGCUUUACAAACCUUCACAUCCCUCAGCCGCUGAUGGAAAACGCUGAGAAGGUGAUUGUGAUGGCGAAAACAAUACAAAGGUCCGCGAAAAACUACUAUAAGUUUAAUGUUGCAAGAAAAAUUCAACCGUCCAAAUAAUGUAUUAUAUAUUUAAAUUAUGAUAGUAAUGUAGUAUUUAAUGGUAGGAACGUCCAAAAAUAUGCGAAUGCAGCAUGAAGAUGCACGAGGGUCUCGAUUGGGUCAGCUGUAAAACGGCUAAAAAAUUUAGCCGUAAGGUGUAAAUAUUGACAAACUUCAACCAUUAGUCUAGAGAAGAAAGUUCACCGUGAAAAAAAAAUUUUGAGUGACAACAGUGGAAAGAUACUAACCGUUAGCCGUGAAUUGGCCAAAAUUUUAACUGUUGGCCGUAAAAGCCGUCACUCCAUUGAGACCCUCGUGUGUGAUCACUUUCAGAGAAAAAAACUGUAUCCUGUUGAUUCCUACUGGAAACACUAUUUCGAGAUCGUUAAAAACUUAAAUGAAUGAUGUGUCCAGUAUUGGGCGUGUACGCGAAUGUAAAUAUAUCAGACCUAAGGCGACUAAAGUUUUAUUAAAUAUUUAUUUGCAUUCUA